CGAGCAAGAGACCAUAAUUUUCGAAACAUUCCAUCUAUCCUUCAUUCCACCACAUCCAUCUUCCCUCGAAUCCACAAACCAAUCUCCAUCAUCAUGCAUUUCAUCAAGAGAGCCGCAGCCCGCGCCCUCGCCGCCCCAGCGAGCACCCUCCUCCGCGCCGCCCCGCGCACCUCCACCCCCCUCUCGAUCCGCCAAUCCGCAUCCGUCAUCUCGGCGUUCAAGCGCUACAACAGCAGCACCACCGCGUCGUCUGACGAGCCCAUCUCCACCGAUGCCUCUGAGCAGUCUUCCGUGAGCUCCGCUGUUGCGGCGGCGGCUGAGACUGGGGCGAGUGGCUUUGGAAUGGAUAGUGUGGAUGGGACAAGACCGAACUCGAGGCCGCCGAUGGAUCUGCAGCCGACGAACUCGGUGUAUGUGGGUAAUCUGCUGUUUGAGGUUACGCCGCAGGAUUUGGAGAGGGAGUUUGCCGCGUAUGGCGAGAUUGUGUCGAGUCGGAUUGCGCAGGAUCCCAGAGGUCUUAGCAAGGGAUUCGGAUACAUCGAAUUCAAAGACAUCGAAUCCGCCCGCAACGCCAUCGACCAACGCAACCAAACCAUCUUCGAAGGCCGCCGCCUCAUCGUCAACUACAUGGCCAAGACGCGCUCGACCGUCAAGCCCAAGAACCCCCCCUCCAAGACCCUCUUCAUCGGCAACCUCGCCUUCGAGAUGACCGAUGCCGACCUGAACAAGCUGUUCCGCGACAUCGCCAACGUCAUCGAUGUCCGUGUUGCUAUUGAUCGCCGUACCGGACAGCCGAGAGGAUUCGCGCAUGCGGAUUUCACGGAUGUGGAGUCUGCGGUUAAGGCGGCGGAGGCGUUGGAGGGGAAGGAGGUUUAUAAUAGGGCGUUGAGGUUGGAUUACUCUAUGACUACGAGGCAGAGUGGUGGUGGUGGACGCGGGGAUCGUGCGCCGAGGGGGGGUGACAGAGGAGAUAGGGGUGAGAGGGGAAGCAGCUUUUAAGUGCUGAGUGUGUGCUAGUAGGGGGGGUUUGUACAAUAUGUGUGUUUAUUGUAUGAUGGGGUCACCUUGCAAGCGAGGAGGGCACGGCGCAGGUUGGCUUGAGUCACCAGGCGGGUUGCUCUACUCGGGGAGUCGUUUGUUAUAGACGCUCUUUUUUGCUGAAAGGUUGUUGUAAGAUAUAUAUACGGGAUGAUGUGGAGAAAAUGGGAAAAGGGGGAAGAAGGGAAAGGUGCAUGUAAGGUAUCAGAAAGGGAGGAGGGCGUUGUUAACAACCAUUUGUUCCAUAUGUAAUUUUUUUUGGAUGUUCCAAUUAUAGAAACGAG